AUGGCUCAGUUCCGAGCCCUCUUGCCAAAGGUGAAGGUGAGCUGCCACUUCGUGCGACUGUCGGCUCGGCGGCGGGCCGAACACGGCCAGUGCUUGCCAUCCGUGAAGCGGGAGUCUCGCACCUACUCCAUCUACGAAGGAGUGGAGUCUGCCGUAACGAUGACCGGAUCGGAGCCCUCAGGCGGUCCCCGGCUCGAGGGCGCGCUGCGGACGCUCCGCCUAGGGCUUCGCGAGGCUGGUGCUGAAGAGGAGUUGUGUCAUCUCCUGCGCUUGGAGCCGGAUCCCCUCGCGAUGAAGCCCAGCGAGCUUCUGCCGUUGUCCCUAAUGCUGCCAAGCAGCGGCGCCUUCCACGCCCUCAUCCGUUUGUCUCUGAAGGAGGGGCGGCUGAACGAAGCGCUGGGCUUGCUGGAGUUCAUGAGAAGGAAAGGGGUUCCGAUCUUCGGCCGCACCUAUGAAGAUCUGGCGCUGAAUUCCGAGAUGCACCCUCGAAAGGCCAUGGGCUUUAUCGCCAAGAUGGAGGAACUGGGCCUCCAGGCGUCCCGGCGCCUGGUCUCUGCAGUUCUGACUCGUGCCUGCCGUCUGGGAGGGCGAGAGAGCCUCGGCCCUGCCAUCCUUCGCCUGCGCUGCCGGCAGUUCUGGAGAGUGAAACAUCAGGCCGACACCACGCCCGACGAAGCAGCCCAGGCACCGAAUCGAAAGGAGUCAGAGGACGUGCCGCCGGAGGAACGAUUUCGACCGGGCUCGAGUGCUGUGGGUCCGCGUGCACCGAUUCUUUUCCUUCAGCUGCCGAACUCUGGUGCCGUAUCCUCCUGCAUCAGCCGCACGGGGCACCUUGCACCGCGAUGGGCGAAGGCUUUGGGAAUCUGGGCUGCGCUGCGUUUCCACGAGGAGGAUGCAAAAACACCUUUUCGAGUUUUGCUGGCUGUGGCCGGCAUCAUACAACAAGAAGAGGUCAUGCCGGGCUCAGCCUGCAACCUCUCGGCACAGAGGGCAGUCGUCGCGUCGCUGCGGCAGACAGGGCUGCUGGAGCGCAUGCUGACGAAGCGUGCCCUGACGCCGGAGGAGGCAGCCGCUGUAAGGCUCAUCGAAGAUUCAUAG